GGUUUAUAUGAUCUAUGCAUAUGUGUUCCAAUUCAAUCAAUGAAUAAAACCAAUAUUGUUAUAGUUUCGUUGAUCAUUGUGACCGCAACCAUACAAACUGUCGCGGUGGUUGAUAAGCCAACUAAUGUAGGCGAGGCAAACUUUGUCACGAUUCUUAGCAUCGAUGGUGGUGGUGUCCGUGGCAUCAUUCCUGCCACGAUUCUCACGUUUCUUGAAUCAAAACUUCAGGAAAUAGAUGGACCCAAUGUAAGCAUUGCAGAUUAUUUUGAUGUAAUAGCCGGAACGAGCACAGGUGGAUUGAUGACAACAAUGCUUACAGCUCCUAAUGAGCAAAAGCGUCCAAUGUUUGCUGCAAAAGACAUUACCAAAUUCUACUUUCAACAUUCGCCUAGGAUAUUUCCUAAACUAAGUCGGAGCAAAUUUAUGAACUCGGUAGCACACGUGUUUGGGGAAGUCACGGGACCAAAAUAUGAUGGAAAAUAUCUUCGAUCAUUAGCAAAAACGCUAUUAAAAAACCUAACUCUUCAACAUACAUUAACGGAUGUUGUCAUACCUACUUUCGACAUCAGACGUCUUCAACCUGUUGUUUUCUCUUCUGCUCAGGCAAAAGAGAAUGUUUGGAAAAAUGCUCUUCUUGCUGAUGUAUGCAUUGGAACCUCGGCAGCCCCUACGUAUUUCCCACCAUAUUAUUUCGAGACUAAGGAUGUUGAUGGAACCAAGCACACGUACGAUCUAAUUGAUGGUGGAGUCGCUGCAAACAAUCCCACACAAUUGGCACUAACACAUAUAACUAGGGAAGCACUGAUGGGGAAAUAUAGGUUCUCUGGAUCAGCAGAGAUUGAUGGAAAAAGGAUGCUCGUGCUUUCAAUUGGAACCGGCAUGCAGAAAUACAACGAAAUAUACACGGCACAAAUGGCUGCAAGGUGGGGUUUGCUCAGUUGGAUUUUUAAAAAUGGUUCAACACCCAUCUUUCAUAUCUAUAGUGAUGCAAGCUCUGAUAUGGUGGACAUUCAUGUGUCAACUCUCUUUCGAGCCUUGAAAGUAGAAAAAAAUUAUUUGCGAAUUCAGGAUGAGAGCCUGACAGGAGAGCAAACUGAGAUGGACAUUUCAACACCAGAGAAUAUGCGGAAAUUGGAGGAUAUAGGGAAGAAACUACUAGAGAAGAAAAUGUCAAGAUUGGACUUAGAGACAGGCAGAUUUCAACCAGUUGAAGCAGAGGGUACGAAUGCAGAUGCUUUAGCACGCUUUGCUGUAAUGCUAUGUGCAGAACGUAAGCGUCGCCGGUCAACUUAAAAGGUUUGACCAGUUUUUGUACAUAGUUUGGAGAUACCCGACACCAGGUUGUUUCUCUUGAUUUUUGGUGGUAGUUGUGUAUAUACGUGUUAAUGAAAGAGACACGCAUAUAUUUAUCA